ACAGCGUCUCCUUGACAAUGACCAAUAAACCGCAUCAUCUGUAUGGGAGACCCGCAGAGUCAUGCUCGCGCAUCAGCAUCCCAGUUUCGGAGAAUAACCGAACAAUAUGAAAAUGAACACGGAUCGUUUCAGCGUCACAGUUGACGAGUAUUUAGCUGAAAACAAUGUCCUGUUCUAUCUGAAUGAUGCAGUCACACAGCUGCUUGAACAUAAGGAGGAAUACACCCAGUUUGGUGUGGUCCGGUAUUUUACAGAAUAUUUUACCAGUGUGAAGAAUGGAAACCAUGUGCUCUUCAGGGAAUUCAAUUACAUCAAGGCAACACCUCAUAACAGGGUCUCAUUCAUUCAUAUCUUCUGGAAAUGCUUUAGACAGAUUGGAAAAAAUGGAGAUUUACUGGCAAUGUCCGAAUACAGUUCACUUUUACAGCUGUUAUGCCCAGACUUUCCUAUUGAGAUGGUACAAAACACAGCCAGGAUUGUUCUGAUGGAUGAUGCCAUAGACUGUCUGAUGUCAUUCUCAGAUUUUAUCUACUCAUUCCAAAUCCAGUUUUAUUAUGAAGAGUUUGUGCAAAGCGUGUCUCUGAUAUACCAAGACCUGCUCUCGGGAAAGAGUCCAAACACUGUUAUAGUCCCAACCUCCACCUCAGUUGAGCAGUUAUCCAGCGCAGCCAAUGAGGAGCGCGAAACACAGAAAGGCGUGGACUCCUCCGUCUUCAGUGAAUGCAUAGAAGCAAUUUGCGAGAGGCUCAAACACAAAUAUCCUUCCAAUGCUGCUAUUAAAGAGGUCCUACAAAGCAGUCAGGAUGUGUCUUUCUAUGGCUUUCUGAUGGCGUUGGCCAAACACGAGGGAACAAACCAAGAUAUCGGUGCUCUUCCAAAUAAAUCAGACCUGCUCAUUGAUCCAGAAAUGGACCUGGAGCUGGAGAGACUCAUAGCUCAAGUCGCCAUCAGCCCUACAUCUAACAGCAGCAGCAGCGCUGCAGGACAGAAAGAUUUGUCCAAAAAGGCCUCACCGCGCAAAUCCCUUCACCAACGGAAGAGGAUCGAAAUGGAAAGCGAUGGUUCCACGGAGGAGACCGAUUCUUCUGAGAAUUAAAGGAACAAUUCGCGUAAAAAUGAAAAUUCAUUUGCUCACCCUCAAGUUGUUCCACAUAUGAAUAAAUGUCUCUGCUCCGAUGAACACAGAUAAAGAUAUUUUUAAGAAUUCUUGAACUUUUUUGCCAACCAUUGACUCCCAUAGUAGGAAUACAUAGGAUUCUACAUUCUUCAAAAUAUCUUCUUUAUAAUAUUUCUUCUGUUGAACACAAAAGAAGAUAUUUUGAAGAAUGUAGGAAACCAAACCGUUCCUGGGGCCAUCUUAACUAACAUCAUUUUUUUUCCUACUAUGGUAAUCAAUAGUGGCCAAGAACUGUUUGGUUACAAGCAUUCUUCCAAAUAUCUUUCUCUGUGUUUAUCAGAACAAAGACAUUUAUUCAGAAUUGAAAGAACUCGAGGGUUGAGUAAAUAACGACAGAAUUUCAUUUUUGGGGGAACUGUCCAUUUAACACCUGCCGAUUGUUAUACUUACAAUAAUUCAAUGAAAUAUCACAUGUGAAUGCAUUACAACUGUAGAUAUUACAUGAGACAAAAAUGAUAUAAAAAGUAAAAUCACUUCA